AUGAAAACCUCAGCCAUCUUCCUCGUGGUCGUCGUCGCGAUGCACGGCGUGGACAGCGCGUUCGUGGGAAGCCUGCUCUUGCCGUUCAGUAGCAUCACGUCCGCGAUCGGCAUCCUCCGCUUCAAGAUCUCCGUGGCCGGCGCUGUGCUGAGCAUGCUCGGCCAGGCCUUCAACGGCGAUUCGGACUCCAGGACCGGCACGAACGUCGCGGAGUCAUUUUCCAGGGAGGAGAGUGAACGGCGUGGUCCUGUGGACCUCGGCAUAAGGACGACAACCACCACUGAACAGCCGCAAGCGAGGGUCUCACCGAUUUCGGCGCUCCAAGACAUCCUCAACGCCGACGAGAAGCCGAAGCCCCAGACGGACUUGCUGUUCACCUUCUUGAAGGACCUCGACGACCAAGGGUGCGUGUCCCGCAUGGUGUGCGAGAGUGCGGCCGACGCACUGCGGCUCGGCAAGGUGGGCAACGCGACCGUGCAUUUCUUCAACACCAACGUGGGCCUCAGGACGGGUCCCGCCUCGGUCUUCGUUGCCGCCGCCGAGGUGGGCCGUUCGCGGGGCCUGGCCGGCUGCGCCCAGGCCUUUCCCGACUGCACCGUCGACCUUCCCGACACGCUCUCGGCUGCCGGACUCAUAUGGAAGUUGUUGCAGAAGAAAGUUGUUGGAGACGUUGUGAUUGCGCCUGCUGCGGCGGCUAUAGACACGACUCCGGCCACGACCACGACUAGUGAGGAAACUUCCCGAUCCAACGAGGAUGGCUGUGCAUGGGUGCUGGUCCAAAGGAUGCUCUGCACGCCAGUAGACAUCCACGUCCCGACACUGAAUCAAGGCCCGAAGACCAGCCAGUUUCAAGGCAAGACCCCCCAACUGCGUCAGCCCGACAUGUUGAGGCUACCCCCCUUGCCCGUCCACGACUACAAGGCCAUCCUGCGCCCACAGGAGGGAGGGCGGCGUUCGGACUAUGUGGACUCGUCCCACCCUGAUCCGGGCGAUUGGGGAGGCCGCGGGCUUGCCCCCUGCUGA